AUGCAGCGACCGGCAUAUGCGGUACCGCCAGCGAACUCUCCGCCACUCCAUCACCCAGUACCUCAGCAUGUCUCGACUGUGCCACAACUACGAUCACCUCCACCGCCAGUCUCGCAAAAUGGGCAACAGGGAGGCUAUGGAUAUGGCCAGAGUCCUCAGCAAGGCGGGGCGAACAACUACAUGCAGCAACCAUUUGGUGGCUUCAUGAACGACCCGACAGCCCAGAUGGGCUUCCAGCUAGGCAAGAGCGCGGUCGAUGCAGGACAGCAAUAUAUGGAGCAGAACUUCAACCGCUUUGUCAACGUGUCAGCCUUGAAGCACUACUUCAACGUCUCCAACUCCUACGUCCUCUCGAAACUCCUCAUAGUCCUGUUCCCCUGGCGGCAUCGACCAUGGUCUCGUCAACAAACUCGAUCAAACGAUGGGCAAGGGUCGAUGGAGUUCCUUCCUCCCCGAGAAGACGUCAAUUCUCCCGACAUGUACAUCCCGGUCAUGGCCUUUGUCACAUACAUCCUCCUCUCAACCCUGAUCGCAGGUCUGAACGGAAAGUUCGAACCUCAACUUUUGGGCAUAACAUUCAGCAAUGCGUCAGUAAUCAUUCUAUUGGAGUUGGUUGUGCUCUGGCUGGGGAGGUACUUCCUGAACAUCCAGAGUGAGAGUCAGAUCUACGACUUGAUUGCCUACAGUGGGUACAAGUUUGUGGGAGUCAUCGUUACGAUCGCGAUCGCUGCGACAGUCAAUGGCGGAAAGGGUACUGGAGGGACAGUCGGGUGGAUAGUGUUCGGAUACACGUUCAUGGCCAAUGCCUUCUUCUUGCUACGAUCGCUGAAGUAUGUUCUUCUCCCAACAGACAAUGCCCCUGGGAACCCAGGCAUGCAGACGAUCGCUCGUGGGCAGCGCUCGAAAAGGACGCAGUUCCUCUUCAUCUACAGCUAUGUGGUGCAGCUUGCAUUCAUGUGGUGGCUCAGCACCUAG